AUGUUUGCAAGUAAGCGCUUAGGAAAGGAGCUGCUCAAGAUGCAAUCCUCUCUCCCCCCUGGAAUAACAAUAGUCAAUGCGGACAACUUCUCCGAAUGGCAAAUGGACCUUCAAGUCUUGGAUUCUAACCCUAUGUAUCGAAAUGAAACCUAUCGACUGAAGUUCACAUUCUCUAAAGGCUAUCCAAUAGAAGCCCCCGAAGUCGUUUUCAUUAACCUUCCCCCUACCUCUCCGACUCCACGCCCUAUCCCAAUGCACCCUCACGUCUACAGCAACGGGAUCAUAUGCCUUGACCUACUUGGUUCUGCAGGUUGGUCGCCCGUUCAGACCGUGGAAAGCGUGUGUGUGAGCAUUCAGAGUAUACUCACAGGCAACACAAAGAAUGAACGGCCACCUGAUGACGGGGUGUUUGGCCAACAAGCUGUUCCAAGACCGCGGGAUAUUUCAUUCCGUUAUCAUGAUAAUGAUGUUUGA